AAUGAUUUGGCGAAAUUUAUCAGAGGAUUGUAUGAACAUAAAAUAUGGGCUGUGAAAAUGGACGAUGCAAUGGGUCGCUACGGGUCAGCAUUUCUAUGGGGCGAUGGAUAUUGGACAGGCAGCGAAGCACUUUGCUCAAAUAUUCACGACCCUCUCAACAACGAUGAAGAGAUACCACCGUUUCCCAUAUCCUUCUACAUGCUCAAAUUGCUGGUCAAUAAAACCGUAAUAACUCAGAGAAAGUUGAUGUUAUGCAUGGACGAUGCAAUGGGUCGCUACGGGUCAGCAUUUCUAUGGGGCGAUGGAUAUUGGACAGGCAGCGAAGCACUUUGCUCAAAUAUUCACGACCCUCUCAACAACGAUGAAGAGAUACCACCGUUUCCCAUAUCCUUCUACAUGCUCAAAUUGCUGGUCAAUAAAACCAAUCAAGAACGGACAAUCCAUCUAGGAAUGUGUCUUCCGCAUUCGUGUACUCCCGAAGAAGUCCACUUUGUGGUAGACGAAGUUACCGCAGAUGGUAAAUUCAAACUUGAAGGAGUCAGAUCGCCUGCACAUUUGUAUUUUGAUGUAUGGCAGGAUAAUACAUUCUGCUUAUUAUGCGCCGCCUGCGUUGUAGUAUCAGUUUUACUAAUUUGUGGAUCAGCCUAUGAUUUAUACCUCAGAAAAAGGAAGGCUGCCAAAUUAUCGGAAAAGGAUGCAGGAUCUGAUAUCGAUUCAGCAAAAUAUAAUAAUUUAUGUGAUUCAGGACAAGUCACUUUGGAAAUCAAUGGAGGACUCAAAGAAACCCAACUGUUUCUAGAUAAAAAACGCGUCUAUUGCGAAAAUAAUAACAACCUUGAAGAAGAUAUGAAUACUCCAGAUGUAGCAAUGAAAAAGAAUCACCCAGUCAGAAAUAUUUUCUCCGAAUUACUUCUGGCCUUCUCCGUGCCAACCAACGUCGCUUCAAUCUGCGACCAGACCGUCGGAAGUGAUACCCUGCCCACCAUCCAUGGACUCAGGAGCAUUUCAAUGGCCUGGGUCAUCUUGGGUCACACUUGCAUCGUAGCAUUUAAAUAUGCAGAUAACCCGGAAUAUAGAAGAUUAGUGGAACGAGAACUUUUGUUUAAAACAAUAACUAAUGCCACAUAUAGCGUGGACACGUUCUUCUUUAUAAGUGGUCUCUUGGUAUCAUUUCUCUACUUCCGAACAAACGCCAAAGGUAAACUGGACAAACUUAUUAAAGGCAAGAAUUGUUUCGGAGCUGGUGUACUCCAAUUCCUAGGACUUUUAGCAUAUAGAUUCGCCAGAUUAACAGCUCCUUACUUGUUCGUUCUGGGCGUAGUAGAAGUCACAAUGAAAUGGUUUUACUACAACUCAUUGUUUGAACCGCCUACUUUAGAUCACAUAAAUUGUGCUCAAUAUAGCUGGAGAAACAUACUAUACAUCAACACUUUGUUCCCAGUCGAGGAAAUGUGCAUGCUUUGGAGUUGGUACUUGGCUGAUGACACGCAAUUCUACGUUAUUGGAUCAAUUAUUUUAAUUAUUGCCACGAGCCACUUAAGGACGGCAUUUUCUGGUUUGGUAAUUCUCAUGAUGUCUUCGUGGGUGACCACUGCCUUUAUUGCUUACGACAGUUCGCAUAUUCCAAAUAGCAAUGAUCCAUUAUCACAAUUUGAUAAAAUCUACGACAAACCGUGGACCCGUUUAGGUCCUUAUUUAGUUGGAAUGUCCGUCGGUUGGCUUCUGUUCAAGACUAAUUGCAAAAUCAAAAUGCCAAAGGUGGUGGCACUUAUCGGUUGGAUAUUAUCAGCAGCUGGAAUGCUGUUUUUGAUUUAUGGCCUGCACAAUGUUACUUUAUCAGAAAUUACAUCUGCAGCCUAUAGUUCCCUAUGUCAUACAUUCUGGGCAGUAUGUUUAGGAUGGAUUAUCGUAGCGUGUUCUACUGGAUAUGGAGGUGUUAUAAAUUCAAUUUUAUCAUGGACGGCCCUUUACCCAUUCAGUAGAGUAACAUAUUGCGCAUAUUUGAUACAUCCUAUAAUCAUUCGUCUAUUGCCAAUGUACUCCGACGCUCCAUUGCAUCUAGGAAAAUGCGCUGUGAUAAUUCUAUAUCUUGGACAAGCAGUAAUGUCCUACGUUCUGGCAUUUGUGAUAUCCGUUUCCUUCGAAGCGCCAGUUGUGUCCAUGCUCAAAAUUCUAUCACCAAAUCGCAGAAAAAAGUGUUAG